UUAAAGAACUAGCAGCAAUACACAUUACUCACGCCUGGACUUUGGAAAGCCCUUUCAGUGCCAGGAGAGAGCUAUACACAGCGUCUCAAGCAAAACACUUCGCCCAGCCGUAAACUCCUUGUGUGCUGGAGGGCCAGGCCAUUGCUUUUGCAUUGAGACGGUUAACAACACAAUGACUGUCCCUCACAUGGUGUGUCUGAGAUAACUUCCAGGAGUGACAGAUGACAUCACUGGAGGUGUGACUGGCUGGUGCUGGGCUAUGAAAGGCUCUUGUGGAAAGCUGGAGGGCUCCUAUAAUGAGCAGUACAGAGCUGUGCAGCUCUCCUGCAAGCUGAGAUCUAUGCUGGCAGAGGGGAUUGCUCACUCAGGAGCAUCCUCCACUGUCCCAUAGCUAAGUUCCCCUUGCAUUGGGGGGGUAGGCUGUGCAUUGUGGACGGUUACACAAAGCCUCAGGGAAUGAGAGAGAUGAGCUGAAAGAGACAUUUCUGCACUUCAAAGAAAUGCACGCAGACAGGGCUUGCUCUGCUGGCUGUGGCUUCAGACCUGGAGCUCAGUUUAAAAAGGCAUCUGUGACCAGAUCGAAGAAGUCAGAAGCCCAGCUCAGCCUGAAUAAGGAAGCAGUCUGUUCUCAAUGAGCUGAGUGGAUUUGCUGGUGAGUUCCUUGCCAUUCAUUAACGUAUAAGGAAUGUCUUGUAGAAUGUUCAACAAUCCAUGAAUUGUAUACAGCGAGAGCAUGUUUGUUUUCUACGUAAUGAGUGAAAAACUAAAUCGCAAAUAGGGUCAGAAAUUAAAAAAAUAAAUCGUAAUUAGGGUUUUUCUUUUUCUCCAGUUAGUUAUAUUGAUCUGUCAUUUUUCUUUUCUUUUUUUAUUCUCUUUUUUUUUCAGUUUAACGCAGGUCACUAAUCUCUGAAACUGUCAGGCAAACAGGUUAUAAAUAUUUAUGAAGAGAAAAAUAAAUCUAUAAUGAUUUUACAUUCCUCGUUCUCCUCUUAAGACUUAUCUUUUAAACCUUCAGGCAUUGGACAAGGACACGGGACAGGAACCAGUCUGCAAACUGAUUCCUGUUGUACUGCUGAAGGAGGGACAGAGUAUACAACAUUUGUGGACGGGCACUUCGGCAAUGAAUCCAGGGUCUGUGUGCUGUCAGGACCCAUGCAGUUAUCCUGCCCUGCUUGUCAGAUAUUCUACGCAGUAAAAAUCUGAUGUGAGGAAGCAUGAGAGGGGAAAGUUUACUGUCCUUGGAAAGAUUAGCUGGGUGUAGACUUUGCAGGAGGAGUCGCUGGAGGGUACUAAGGUCUCGAUGGCUUGCGGCCAGCUUGACUUGCACUAUUUUGGUAAUAUAUAUGUGCUCCCAGGACCUGUUGCUCAGCUCCAUGCGUUUCCCUUUAUUAUGGGAGAGCUCAAAUCCACCCAGACAAGUCACUGUCCUUAUCUGGUAUGAACCCUUUGGGAAAAGACGUAGACUGGGCAAUUGUCACAUCUUGUUUAAUAUCUCUGGAUGCCACCUGACCACCAACAGGAGCCUCUAUCAAGAGGCAGAUGCCAUCCUUUUCCACCAUAGGGACAUCAUAGACUAUACCGACUUUCCACUGAUGGGAAGACCAACCUUUCAAAAAUGGAUAUGGAUGAACUUCGAAUCCCCAUCCCAUUCUCCGUGGCUGUAUACCUUAGGAGGUGUAUUCAACUGGACCAUGUCAUACAGAGUGGAUUCAGAUAUUUUCGUGCCUUACGGUUAUUUAUUCUCCAGGAAACGUGCCAAAAUUUUCCUACCACGCAAAAGAAAGCUGGUUGCGUGGGUCAUAAGCAACUGGAAUGAGGACCAUGAAAGAGUCCAGUAUUAUAACCAACUGAGGGAAUAUAUCGACAUUGACAUAUACGGGAGAUAUGGGAUGGAGUUAAGAGAGGAUAAUAUUGUGAAGACAGUCUCAGAAUAUAAAUUUUACCUCGCCUUUGAGAAUUCUCUCCAUACGGAUUAUAUUACCGAGAAACUCUGGAGAAAUGCCUUCAAAUCGAGUGCUGUCCCCAUUGUCAUGGGUCCCAGCAGAUACAACUACGAGAUGUUCAUACCUCGUAAUUCCUUCAUCCAUGUGGAUGAUUUUUCGAGCCCAAGGAAGCUGGCCAUGUUCUUGAAGUAUCUCGACAAAAAUACACAUCUCUACAGAAGAUAUUUCACUUGGAAGAAACGUUAUGAUGUCCAUGUGACUUCUUUUUGGGACGAGCAUUACUGCACAGCUUGCGAAACUGUGAAAACAACUGGAAAUCAGCAUCGGACAGUUUCAGAUCUUGCAGGCUGGUUUGAGAGCUGAUAAAAUCUAUCUCUGAACGAUUAACUGCUGUUCCAGACUUAAGGAGCCUAUCAGAUCCUACAGGCAGCUUUGAGAGGUGAUGAAGCCGAACGUAAAGUGAUUAAUAUAAAACAAAUAAAUAAAUAAAACCACAUGAUAUCAGAUUGAAUCAAACUUCCCUUGUCGGGUUUGUAGUGUUUACAUUAAUCUUGUAAAUUAUUUCACAAAACGUACUGGCUCAUUUUCAAUUAUGAACUUCAAACAUGUCACCAUUAUUAGUCGUAAUGGUAAUAUUUUAAAUAAUAACCAGGCAAAUUCUUGUUGCAAAAGAGAUGUUAAAUGUGAACGGAAGAUUGGUAAUCUGUUCUGAUAUUGGGCAAUCAGCAUGUGGUGCAUACUAUUAAAUGGCAUUAGACUGGAGAUUUGCAUAAAUUAUUUCCAACGUAAUUCAAAAUACAGGAUCGAUCUGCUGAAAUCUGGGCUUGUUUAUUUCUUAAAGCUCUCUGUUCCAGUAGGGUGACAGUGUAACAAUGCAUUGAUCAUCAACCUGGCCUUUCUCUAACAAAGGGUUGGACUGAGGUGAGGGUGAUGGGAGUUGUGCUGAGGGAAACGUUAGAGAACCAGGGCUUGCAAGCUGUGCUGAAUUGAGUUCUGCAUUAUUUUAUUUGAGUGGCAGAUUUGUGAUACAUACACCAAUAAACCAUGGUUAAGAACUAGCUUUAGAUACUGUGGGGUUUAUACGCUAAACAGUUAAUUGUGGUGACAUGAUACCCAAACUGUUAUUCAAGCCAAUAAUACUCAAACAUUUUCCAAUUCAUGUCCUUUUAAAAACUUGAAUAUUUUCACCUUAGUUUUGGCAAUUUGGUUUUUAAUUCAGUAACUUUUCACAGAUGGAUAUAUAAUCCUUACAGGAAAAGUGCUGCCCUGUAUAUAGAAUUCAUGUGCUGCAGACUGAAAUGAUUUCUAUAAUCAUAGUGACAUUUUAGUUAGUUUCCCUCCUGCAGCAUUGGAAUUCUACAAACAUCAGGACAGUUAUUUUCAGAUGCUUUCCAUCAGAAUGUAGAAGUGAUGUGGGUCCAGAAAUCCUUGCUGAUAUCACACUCCUGCAUACACAACUACUGCAGAAAUAGCUCGCUGCUACCCUUUCAGUUCUAGAACUACAACUCUCAUUUCUGACAGCCUAGGCAACUACAGUUCUGACAACUUGCUUGGUAUACAGCUGACUUUAUCUAUCUAUAGCUGCAUCAUGCUGUAUACCACCUAUUGCUAUAGCUGUAUCUUAGAUAUCUACGUUUGAAAGCUCCACCUUGUUUAGUGGACACAUAUUGAAAGGCAGCACAUGAAAAUUAAUUGUUAUUCGUGUUAUGUAAUUGUAACCCCUUUUUUACCCUGCUCCACCACCACAAAUACAUAAGAAAGAUGGUUGUUUUUUUAAGUUUUAUUUUCAACAACAAAAUUACAAUACUUAAAGGGACACUCUAGUCACUAGGACAGCUACAGCUUAAUAUAGUGGUUAUGGUGUUUAUAUUCAGAGAAAAGGCAGUGCUUUUCACAGUCACUCAGACUGUCACUAGAGGUGCUUCCUGGAUCAGUGCUGUAUAGUGUGCAGCACCUAUGUUCAGUAUCUCCACACUCUGCAUGGAAGCGCUGAAAAUAUCCCGUAGAGAUGCAUUAUUUCAAUGCAUCUCUACGAGAAUGUGUUGUUUGGUGCAGCGCAGCAUUUUGCUGCGAAUGCGCAAUAUCCUCCCAAUGCUUUCCCAUAAGAAAGCAUUGGCUGAGCUAAGAUCAUCAAGCCUGAUGAUCUCAGCCAUGGAGGCAAGACCAGCCAUGGCGAGACUGGCGAGUCAUGGGAGAAAGGGUGAGUAAAAACACCUUUCCCAAGCUAUCAGAGGUGGGCCUGUGACCUAAACAGGCACACUCACUGACAGACAGACUGACGCACUCACAGACAAACACACACAUAUUUUCUCAUAUACUCAAAAAUUAUUAUUGUUAUAUUUUUUCAUUUUUAAGUCCACCCAGCCUGACUACCUUUGAAAGAUCUGGAGUGGAUCCUUUCCCUUGUGUCCAGUAGGCUACUCUCUAAUCUACCUGCAGUUGAUGCUCUGCUCCCUCACGCACCCUCUGUAGUGAUGCCGGGGCUGUAGUGACAUCAUAUCCCGACAUUACAAAACAGCGCGCGAGGGAGCAGGGCAAGAACUGCAUGAAGAUUACUGCUCCCUCACUGCCUCCUUGCUGCCCCAGCCGGUGUUCUGUCAGAUCACAGGCCACCUCUAAUGCUCUCUAGGGUUGCCGCCUCCAUGCUCCCUUGGCUGGCUGCCUCCGCUGAAAGGCUGACAAAUCCCAGUUGUCAGGACAAAAUUUCAAGUUGUGACGUGGUGCCUGGGAUUUGUCAAGCUUUGAUAUAUUUUAUUAAACUAAACAGGUAUUGUUAUGUAAGAAUUCAGCUGUUGCAAUUAUGCAGUUCCGUUCUAGCAGGUGGUGCACAGUCAUGAGACUUGUAAAACACUGAAACUGGCUAACUUGUAACACUAGAUCCCCGCCCAAAUGUAGGUGUUCUUCCCACCCAGGUAUCCCUUUGUUGGUAAGGUAGCUCAGAUCUCCAAAUGUCUUUUCAAUUAGUCGUUGGAAAGUGGCGCUCCAAAAAUGCGCUCCAGUUACACCUCGUGACAUACGGGUAAAUUGGAAAAACCACAUGGGCAAAUGAAUGCAGUCUUCUGCUAAUCCUAUUCCCUCAUAGGCACUUGAUAGUUUCCAGACCAUAGAACCAAGACACUAAACCACUUUCUCCUAGUUAAUUGUAAAAUGGAUGGGAUAUUAGUUACUUGGAACUCUGUGUCCAGCAAUGCUGAGGCGGGUGUCCCUUCAAUCAUAAGAUAUAUGAGAGACUUUGUGCCUAUCCUAAUAUCUGUAGGCAGUCCACCAUCACUUUUACUAGAUGGCUUUUUCUUCAGUUGCUUCUUUUUCCUCUUAAGUUUAAUGUCUGCAGGGCUCUGUUCAAUAGCUAAGACUUCUACGUUAGCAGAACCAGCCUUAAGAGGGCACUUACAUAAUAGAUGCCCCUUUUGUCCACAGUUGAAACACUUGAUGUCUCUUCGUCCCGGGCUGUGGAUUGAGCAUCCUCUUUUUCUUCCUUAAACUUGACUUUAUGUUCCAGGGGCCUUAGUGUCAAUCCCCUUCAGCUAGCUACGAAGGAGAAUUCCUUCUCAAUGGCUUUAGCCUCCUUUAUUAGAUCCAAAAAGCUGAGUGGACAUCUAGGGCACAACAGAGCAGUUAGGGACUCUCUUAUCCUGUGAUCGAGUCACUCUAAGUAAGGGGUGCCCAAACGGUAGAUCCUCAGAUGUUUUAAAACUACAGCUUCUAAGAUGCUUAGUCAUGCUUUAUCAUUCUUAAGGCAUGCAAAGCAUCAUGGGAGUUAUAGUUCUUCCCCAUAUAUGUUUAUUUCCGUAUGCAUCAAUUUCUCACCGAGAAAUUCUUUUCUUUUUAAAAAGUUUCCUUAAUAUCAGUUCUAAGCAGACCAAAAAGGCAGGUAGUUUCUUAUUUUCUUUCUGGAUGGUAUUAUCAUCUCCAGGGGCUUCGUUCAACACCUUGAUAAUAUCAGAGACUGCUGAAUCGGGGUACCGCAAGAGAUGUCUCACUAAUUCCUCUGUUGGAGCUUUCAAACCGUCAAUCAUUCAUUGACGUUUAACAUCCUCAACACAGGUCCACUCUUCCGACAACUGGACUGCAUUACUUUUCCAGGUAGACAAAUCAUCCUUGCCUGAUGGCACAGGCAUGACACCAGAACAGUUUUUAAAUUCCUGUAGUGCUAGACUGAUCACAAGGCCGGAAUAACACUUUUAGACAGCUGAGCCAGUACUUUAGUUAAGGAAAGAAUUGUUUCACUCUGCACACAGCACUACGAAUAUAGCGUGGCAUAUUCUCUGCACACAGCACUACGAAUAAAGCAUGGCAUAUUGUUUGCAUACAGCAUCAUGCUAUAUUAUCUGCACACAGCACCGUGCUAUAUUCUCUGCACACAGCGCCGUGCUAUAUUCUCUGAACACAGCACUAUUAUCAGACACAAUAACUGCACCGCAUGACAUAUUCAAAUACCCCAGACAGGAAAUCAAGUAAUCAAUCUGGAAUGCUGCAGCCUAUGACUUAGACUUACAGCAGGGCACCACUUUUCAUGAUUUACCCACCAGCACUAAGAAAUGAUGUAUGUCCAAGAAAAGUCCAUGGAUAUGACAAUACUUUAUAUAAAGCGGUGGCACUGGCCAUGCAAGUCAAUGCUUUGAGAAAAGGAUUGAGCUCUGCUUGUGGGAUAUUAAGAGUUUAUUAAGUUGCCUGCCACAAAUAAAGCAGUCGUAAUAUAUUUAAAUAUAUUUAAAUUAUUGUUGAAAUUCACCGAUAUUGAGUUGGCUUUUAACUCUAAUUGUAAUUUAAAUUAAAAAAUUUUUUUUUUUGCAAAUCAGUGAAAAGGCAGUUUUUCCGAAUCAGUAAUCAGCAAGGUGUGUUGGCUAUUGUGAAAUGCAUGUUUACAUGAGAUAUGACUGGAGAAUUCAUAUGUGUGCACAUUCUAUAUCAACAUGCUGCUGAUAGCAGGCAGGGAGAGGCUGAAGAAAUAAAUGCCAAUCUUGAGCAACUAUAUUGGAAUAAAGGUGAGAUACCCACAUGUUUUCUUGGACACAUCAAGUUAUUCCCUGUAGUAUGUAGCAUUCGUGUGUUCCAGCAGCGAAAUCAGUGAUCUCAUUGCCUUAAUACAGCAUACAACUGCUACAUUUCACAGGGUGGCACUUUUCAUGUGCCGACUAUCACCAUGUAGAAAUUAAAUAUGUCCACAUAAUCUGGCAAACCGCAGAGUCGAAAAUGGACAUAUCUGAGUGCUUCUAAUGCUUUGCCAGUUUUCAGACUACAAAGCAGCCAGUGUGAUUAGUAAAGGGUUUUCUUAAAAGUGCGGCUUAAAUAGUCGGAGACAUGGUUCCAAUCUAAAGUCCUGCCUAACAGUGUCAUUUAGCAGGUUGAUGUCACGUGACCUGUCACAUGACUUUGAAUGACUCCAAAAAAGAAACAAGGAUAUUUGUUAAUAGCCGAAUAGGAAAAAAUAUGAUCAGGUUUAAAAUUAGAAAUUCACCAAGAAAACGUUCACAUAAACAAGCAUAUUACAAUAGUGACCUGUUGAAAUGACUUUGUGCUUGGGUCAUGGGGUGUUAAGGAUGUUAUAGAUAUAAGAUGUGAAUCUGUAGCUGUUUUAUAAUAUAAAUCCCCAUUUUGUGUCUAUUGAGUUAUACAUUUGCUUAUGCUUGUACUGGCAGAAAUAGAGAUUCAGCGGUACGGACACAAU